GAGAGAGAGAGAGAGAGAGAGAGAGAGAGAGAGAAAAAAGAGAGAGUUCUGCAUGUUGUCAAUUUCGUGUUUACAUUUUUUCUUUUUCGUAAAAAAUGAAAUUCUGAAAUUCUGAAAAUUCUUUCUUUUAAUUAAUUUAAAUGUUUAUCAGCCUCAUCAUCCACCACAUAUACAUAUACUGCCUGCCCAUAUCAUGAAUAGAUAAAAUUCUGAAAUUAUUCUAGAAGUUUUUCAAUUCUUUUCAAAUUGAAUUUUUCAAAAAUUCAAAAUUCAAAAAACGCUAGUCAAUGAAAGCCAUAAAACGUUAUAUUUGUCUUUUAUUUACAUUAUUUUUUGUAUAUAUUUUAUAUCGUUUAAUAUUAUUAUUGAAUGAUCAAAAUGGAUAUUGUUUCAAUCAAAACAAUAAUAAUAAUCGCAAAUCAACAAUUAUCAAGAAUAUUACCAUAUCAGCAACGAGAAAAAGUUUCUAUCAAAUGGAAAAGAUUUUUCAAUCUAAACAACGAUUUGAAGCGAAUGAUAAUGACGAUGACGACGAGGAUGAUGACCAUACUGGUCUAAAUUGUCGAAUGGAUUCGGAAUGUUUUGAUUUUAAUCAAUGUCCACAUGGUAAAGAUUUACGUAUCUAUAUUUAUCCAUUGGAUAAUAAUCUAGUGGAACAUACAAGCAUUAUAUUUCGUAAAAUUGUUGCAUUCAUACGGCAAUCAAAAUAUUAUGAACCGGAUCCAAAAAAAGCCUGUUUAUUCAUAUCGAAUUUCGAUACAUUAGAUCGUGAUCGUCGUUCAUAUAAUUUUAAUAAAAAUCCAAAUUAUUCAUCUACAAUGAAACUAAUGAAUGAUGGUCGUAAUCAUUUAAUGUUUAAUCUUUAUUCAGGUUCAUGGCCUGAUUAUAAUGAAUUGGAUUUUUCCGGAAUUGAAUAUCCAAAAUAUUCAAUAUUGAUAAAAGCAUCAAUGUCAUAUGAAAAUUAUCGCCCUGGUUUUGAUAUAUCAUUUCCAUUGUUUAUGGAAAAUCAUCCGGAUCGUGGCCCACAACAAUUAAAUCAUCCCAAUAAUAAUCAUUUCAAACAAAAUAAUAACAAUAAUAAUGGUGGCCUGGAUAAAAACGUUGAAACCGUUAAUGCCGAUAUGAUAAAAUCAACAAAAUAUUUAAUGGUUUUUAAAGGAAAACGUUAUACAUAUGGUAUUGGUGGUGAAACAAGAAAUUCAUUAUAUCAUUUACAUAAUGGAAAAGAUAUUCUUAUUUAUACAACAUGUAAACAUGGUAAAAAAUGGAAAGAAUUUGUUGAUGAACGUUGUGAUCAGGAUAAUGCUGAAUAUGAUAGACACAAUUAUCAAACAUUAAUGAAAAAUUCAACAUUUUGUUUAGUACCAAGAGGACGACGAUUAGGAUCAUAUCGUUUUUUGGAAGCAUUAAGUUUUGGCUGUAUACCGAUUGUAUUAAGUAAUUCAUGGGUAUUACCAUUUAAUGAAAUUAUUGAUUGGCCAUCAGCUAUUGUUAUGGCUGAUGAACGUUUAGUAUUUCAGAUUCCCGAUCAAAUACGUUCAUUAUCACGUUUUGAAAUUGAAUCAAUGCGAUUACAGGGAAUAUUCCUAUACAAUAAUUAUUUUUCAUCAAUCGGUCGAAUCUUGAUGACAACAAUAUCAAUAAUUGAAGAUCGUAUCAAUAUACAUUGGUGUCGUGAAUCAUUCCUAUGGAAUGUCGCUAAUAAAUCUCCGUUAACACCAUUAUGGAUUGAUCAACGUUAUAAUAUGAAUAUGAUUGAUGCAUUUCCAAAAUAUGGUAUAUCGAUUGACCAGCAACAACAACAACAUCGAGGUUUUACAGCCAUAAUUACUGUUUCAAGAGUUAUAUCAUAUUUUCAACUAAAUAAAUUUCUACGUGUAAGUUUAUUAUCAUCAAAAUUUGUAAGAAAAAUUAUUAUAUUAUGGUCAUUGAAAACAACCGAUGUAUUUAAACAAUUAUUACAUUUACAAUCAAUACAUCCUUCACUGAUUUUGAUUGAAAUAUCAUCAUCAACAUCAACGACGACGACGAAUAAUGAUGAAAUGAAACAUAAUAAUAAUCGUUUUAUUUGCUGUUAUAAUCAUUCGGCAAUCAAAACCGAUGCCAUUUUUCAUUUUGAUCCUGAAAGUAAUCUUAUCACUGAAGAGAUUGAUUUUGCCUAUCUUGUUUGGGAAUCAUUUUCCGAACGUUUAAUCGGUUUCAGUGUACGUGAUCAUUAUUUUGAUAAUGUUAAAAAUCAAUGGACCUAUACUUCGAAAUGGACAAAUCAAUAUUCAAUAAUUCUAUUCGAUGCUGUCAUCUAUCAUAAGUAUUAUAAUUAUCUUUAUUAUGAACAUAUUUAUUCAAAAAAUCUAAAUGGUACAUUGAAUUUGGAUGAAGAAUGUUCCGGAUUAGCAUUUAAUUUCCUAAUCAGCCAUAUAAUCCGUGAAAGUCCAUUAAAAGUAACGCAAAGAAAAAAAACCAUAUCUGGUAUUGGUAAUACAUUGUUUGAUUCAUGGAUGGCAUGGAUUGAUCGAAAAUCUUGUUUUCAAAAAUUAAUCAAAUUAUUUGGCUAUAUACCAUUGAUGAAAUCUAAAAUACGUUUUGAACCAUUAUUAUAUAAAGAUGAUGUUAGUUCAAUGCGUAAAAAAUAUCGUAAAUUAGAAAUGGUUGCAUGAAUUUUUGAAUUGCUGAAAACGAAUCUUUUCAUUUUUAUAAAUGUGAUAUUUU